UGUGGAAGCAAUGUGAAGAUUAAGUGCUGUAAUUGUGGGGGAGAACACAGGGCAGCAGUUGGUGGAUGCCAGGCACAGAGAGAGGCUWGAGGCUCAGAGAUAUGGGAUCAGUAGAAGUUAGGGAUUCAGUUGGUUUUGAAUUUUAUUUUCAUGGUAGYACAGAAUUGGGCAGGUCAUGAUUUAUCGUACAUUGCAGCACAGUAGGUGGCGGCAUGCGCGAAAACGAUUGUUUGCGGACCGCUAUGAUAUCAUAGAAGCAGAAGAAGAAGAAGGCUAUGACUGCUUCUGUACUGCUCCCCUUUUGCGCUAUCUGAAAAACAUGAAUUUGUCGAGACGAAAUGGUCAAAUUGAAUAAGACGGAGAAAAGCAAGCAUAUUCUGUCUCUGGAGAUAUUUAAGGAACACAAACGUUGGUAGUAACAGAUCUACCUCCUCUGAAUCCAGGGAAAUGUUUUGCCUUGGGGGGAAAAAACGAUUGACUGAACAAAGGAAAGUCUCUGCCUCCCAUGUGGGGAAACUCAGCAAUAAGCUAAAAGCCAUCCUGAAGAAAAAGUACCAAAGUCCGCCAGGGGGGAAAACUGAGCAUCCAUUUUAUAUACAUUGUGAUCUCCACUAUCAAGCUGGUAAAAGUAGCAAGGAGAACCAACAUGAGUACAUUCUAUCUGAGCCAGGCUACAGGAGAAGACAUCAAGGAACAUGUUCAUUCCUAAACUCCGAARUCGAUGAGCCUAUCAGAACAGCUCUGACAAAGGGCGUCUCUGGUAUUGGCAAAACUAGCCAGGUGCGGAUGAUGAUUCUUAACUGGGCAGAGGGAAAAGGAAACCAGGAAGUCCAACUAAUAUUUCCCCUUCCUUUCCGAGAGCUGAAUUUGCUGAAGGAGAGACUGAGUCUGAUUGAACUUCUUUACGAGUUUUUCCCAGAAUUGAAAGAACCUGGAAUUUGCAACUUGGAGAACUGCAGAGUUGGGUUCUUCUUUGACGGGCUGGAUGAAUUCUGUCGUCCUCUCGACUUCAAGAACAGCCUGAUUGUGACCAAUGUCACAGAGGUUUCCUCYGUGCCGACACUGCUGACAAACCUCAUUAAUGGUAAUCUUCUUCCCUCUGCYGCUCACAUAUGGAUUACAUCCAGACCUGCAGCAGUCCAUCGCAUCCCUCUUCAGUACAUUGACAGAGUGUCAGAAAUCGAAGGCUUCACCGACUCCCAGAAAGAAGAGUUCUUCAGGAGAGCAAUCAAUGACAAGAACCAGGCCAAAGCAGUUAUCACCUACUUGAAGAACUCGAAGGGCCUCUACAACUUGUGCCAGAUACCUUGCAUGUGUUCAAUCUCAGCGUCAAUACUCGAGAAACAGACAUAUGUACCCGACAAAACAUGCGAACCUGUCGCACUAACUCCAUUAUUUAACGACCUACUUGUCCUGUUACAAAUGGGGAACCACAAUGUAAAGAUAGUUGAUGAAUUGGGGGAACUAGCCUUUAAGCAGUUGGUGAAAGGCAACACGGUUUUCUACGAGGAAGACCUAAGAGAGUGCAACAUUGAUGUCCAAGUGGCAGCUGUGUACGCAAAAGUGAUCAUACCCAUCUUCAGGGAGGAUAUUGGGCUGCAGSAAAAGAAGAUCUACUACUUUGGGCAUACCACCAUCCAGGAGUUCAUUGCCGCAUUGUGGUUUCUUCAAUCUGUUGGCGUCCAAGACAAAAACCAGGCUGUCAACCGGAAAACCCAGAUCGAGAGAACUCUCUGGUUUUUUAGAGAUGCCACCCAACUCAAGAGCGCGGUGGACAUGACUUUGCAGAGCAAGACUGGACAUAUGGACCUCUUCCUUCGCUUCCUCCUCGGCAUUGCUCAGAACUUUAACCAGAUGUUCUCAGAGGCUGGCUUCAUCUCGUCUACUGCCCUUCCGGAAAUGUUAGUGUACAUCAAGAAGAAGGUCUUGGAGAAUCCCGCUUCGCCGAGGACCCUCAACCUGMUGAACUGCCUGAGGGAACUGAAAGACUACUCUCUAGACAAUGAUAGUGUGCGCUUUCUCAAGACGGGAAUCCCCCCAGAUGCCAAAUAUCCACCUGCACAUUGGUCCGACCUGGCCACUCUCUUAGUGGCAUCGGAGUCUGGGUCGAUAGACAUGCUUGGGUUAGAAGUAGAGAACAGAGGAGACAAGGAACUUCUGAGGAUGCUGCCAGUGAUCAAAGCUUCCCAGACAGCCACACUGUCGUAUCACAACCUGACUGAGAAAUCCUGUGAAUGUCUGGCCUCGGCGCUCACCUCAAAGGUGUCCAAUCUGAAAGCUCUGGACCUGAGUUUCAACACGCUGAAGGACUCAGGAGUGCAGCUKCUGGCGGCCGGCCUGGCCAAGCCACACUGCCGACUGGAGAGACUGAAACUGUCCGGCUGCAGGGUCAAACAGAAUGGCUUUGCAGCUUUGGCCAAAGCUCUCAAAUCCAACCCGUCGCACCUGCGAGAGCUGGAUCUGAGCGGCAAUGAACCGGAAGAAUCGGGGGUGUUUCAUCUUGUUGACGUACUAAAGGUUGUUAAGUGCGAACUGCAGAUCCUGAAGCUCUCAAACUGCAAGCUGGGCCUGGAGCUGAGUCACGCUCUGGCGGUGUUGCUGAUAGACAACCCCAGACACCUGCGAGAGCUGGACGUCAGCAUGAACGAUCUGGGAGACGCGGGGGUGGAGCUGCUUAUGGACAUACUGAAGUCAACCCAGAUAUACAAACUGGAGUUGUACUGUUGUCAGCUCACUGAGAARUGCUGUGAGARCAUGUUUGGAUGUCUGGUGAACAUCCCCAGUCUGAGGGAGCUCAACCUGAGCAACAACAACCUGAAGGACGAGGGGGUCAAGAUACUCUGUAAAGCCUUCGGACUGCCCGYCUGUCAACUGGAGAAACUCAAUCUGGCGAGCUGUGGCUUCACGUCUGGAGGCUCUCCUUGGCUGGCUGGAGGGUUCACUUUCAGCCCCACCUUCCUCAAACAKCUGGAUAUCAGCAGGAACCACCUGGGCCACUCAGAUGUUGUCUCGUUUUUCCUGUUCCUCAAAACAAUACGCUUUUCACUGGAGACCCUACGGUGAGUACUGCGAUGAGACUGUACAAAUGUAGAAGGCCUAACUUCACCGUUGAUAUAUAGUUUUCAAUUGAAGUGGCAUCAACAGGCACAUCAUGUGUGAUUUAGAGGGACAGUAUACUCAAAUCAAAUGACAGACUAAUGUUGUGCGUAUUUGUUGAACACCACCACACACACACACACACA